GAAAAUUUUAUCAUUCGUCGGAAAAAAAAGUUUUCGCUGGGUGUUCUGUGCCGUAAUUUUCGCAAUUUUCUCUACCAAAACUCACUCCGGCAGGGACAAUUCUUGCACCAAUCGCUAGCCGCCAGAACCGGACACAUUCAAGUGCAAACCAAUUAUUAGGAAAUUUUUUGGUUUCCGUAAAAAGCGGAUUUAUUCACAGAGGUGAAAAAUUCUAAUUAGCAGAAGUCGAAUAACAGGAAAGGAAAAACAGAUCAUCUCUCUGGGAAGGAAGGAAACAUCAAAAUAAAACAUGCCUCAAACGCCGAUAAAUUCGCUGGACGAGCAGGACAAACUGCUGGCGGAAGCGAUUGCCGUGGUGCGAGCUCAGGCUUUCCAGAUGAAGCGCUUUUUGGACAAGAAUCGUCUGAUGGAAUCGAUGCGCUGUGCCUCGACGAUGCUGGGUGAGCUGCGUACUUCGCUUCUGUCGCCGAAAUGCUACUAUGAGCUGUACAUGGCCAUUACGGAUGAAUUGCGGCACUUCGAGCAUUAUCUGCUGGAUGAGUUUCAGAAAGGUCGCAAAGUGCCGGACCUCUAUGAACAUGUCCAGUACGCCGGAAAUAUCGUUCCUCGACUUUAUUUGCUGAUAACAGUCGGUUUGGUUUAUAUCAAAACGAAUUCCUCGUUAAAGCGUAGUAUCCUGAAGGAUCUAGUCGAAAUGUGUCGAGGAGUCCAACAUCCCCUGAGAGGACUCUUCCUGCGGAAUUAUCUGCUUCAGUGCACUCGAAACAUUCUUCCGGAUGUGAUGACCACCCCAGACGAAAACGAAGGAACCGUCAUUGAUGCCAUCGAUUUUGUGCUCACGAAUUUCGCCGAAAUGAACAAGCUUUGGGUUCGCAUCCAACACCAGGGACAUUCCAGCGAACGGUCUCGCCGUGAAAGAGAACGCGAAGAGCUGAAAAUUCUCGUCGGAACCAAUUUGGUUCGCCUUUCGCAGCUCGAAUCUGCCACUCUCGAAGUCUAUCAACGUUUGAUUCUUCCUGGUAUUCUGGAACAAGUUGUCAGCUGUCGAGAUGCCAUCGCCCAAGAAUAUCUGAUGGAAUGCAUCAUUCAAGUUUUUCCGGACGAGUUCCAUCUGCAAACGCUGGAUCCGUUCCUGAAGUCUUGUGCCCAACUUCAGCCGGGAGUCAACGUUAAAAACAUCAUCAUUUCAUUGAUCGACCGCUUGGCCCUGUACAACCAGCGAAACGGUAAAAUCACUCAAACCAUUUCCGGUACCGAGGUCAAAUCGGCCAUUCCACCGGAGCUGCAGCUGUUCGAGGUUUUCAGUGUGCAGAUUGCGUACAUCGUACAGCUACGGACCGAUAUGCCGCUGGAGGACACAGUUUCGCUUCAGGUGGCCCUGGUUAGCUUGGCCCAAAAGGUUUAUCCAGAGAGAGUAGAUUACGUGGAUAGUUUGGAAACGACCGCCCAAAUUUUAGACCGGCUCAACAUGAAUAGCAUUUCCCACUCGCUUACGGUCAACACGGAGCUAUCCCGGCUGCUUCGUCUGUGUGUCGAUUUCUACAACAGCGUCCUGACCAUCCUGCAGCUGAAAUACUUCGCUCCGCUACUCGAAAAAUUCGACUACACUUCCCGCAAAUCGCUGGCCCUGUACAUAGUGAUGAACAUACUUGAAAACGAAACCCUCAUUCCAACGGCCGAGCACGUGGACAGCGUUCUCGCAAUGCUGGGUCCCCUGAUUCAGGACCAACCCGAUCAGACCGGUGAAAAACCGGACCCGGAAGAUUUUGCCGAGGAGCAGGGGAUUGUGGGAAGGUUCGUGCAUCUGCUGAAGUCCGAGGAUUUGGACACCCAGUACAAGAUACUGACAGCGGCUAGGAAGCAUUUCGGUCUAGGGGGUCAGCAGAGAAUAAGGUUUGUUCUGCCACCGUUGGUUUUCCAAGCUUAUCAGUUGGCCUACAAGUAUAAGGCUGUGGCGGCCGAGGACGAAAUGUGGGACAAGAAGUGUCAGAAGAUCUUGCAGUUCUGUCAUAGCACCAUCGCUGUGCUGGCCAAAUCUGAACUGCCGGAGCUGGCUCUGCGUUUGUACCUGCAGGGAGCUCUGUGCAUAGGACAGAUUGCCUACACCAAUCACGAAACUGUGGCGUACGAUUUCAUGACUCAGGCAUUCUCGCUGUACGAAGACGAAAUAUCCGACUCCAAGUCGCAGUUUGCGGCCAUUACCCUGAUCGUUUCGACCGUGGAACAAAUGGCUUGCUUUUCGGAAGAGAAUGCUGAACCCUUGCGAACGAACUGUGCCCUCGCAGCUUCAAAACUGUUGAAGAAACCGGACCAGUGCCGCGCUGUGGUCACUUGUGCCAGUUUGUUUUGGAGUGGAAAACAAAACGGUCAGGAGCUACGCGAUGAAAAGCGAACUUUGGAGUGUUUGAAGAAGGCGGCCAAAAUCGCUUCCCAAUGUUUGGACAUCGGCGUUCAGGUGCAACUGUGUGUUGAGCUGCUGAACCAUUACUUGUUCUAUUUCGAGCGGGGAAAUUCUCAGAUCACCGUUUCCAUGUUGAAUCAGUUGAUUGGAAAAAUCAACGAGGAACUUCCCAAUCUGGAACCGACCGAGGAAACUACCCAAAUCGAGAUGCACUACCGCAACACGUUGGCCCACGUGCGGAGUCGGAUGGAAUCCACGGAUGCCAACGCACUGGAGGUUUCGUUCGCCGGAAUCACUUUGAAUUGAACAACAACAACAACAACAAGGUAAGACGUCAUCUCAAAAGAAGUGAUCGAUAGGCUACUCACUUUCCAGAUGAUUUUGAUGUUAACAUUUUUUUCCCUCUGACUGGAAAACCCUAGACUUUGGCACUAUUAUUUCUGAGUUCCAAACAAUCUUCUCUUAAAAUGCAUUAUGUUGAUGAUAAUUUAGCAAACUUUAAGUUAGAGUAUUAGGUAUUUGUAAAAGUUGUAUCGAAUAUAUAUUCUUUAUAUAAUGGAGGCAAAACGAGCAAUUGUAACAUUAACAACUACUAUACACAUUAAAUCACCUGAA